AUGAAUCUCGGAGGAGUGUUGUCCCCCGUCUCUCUCCCCAGCCUGUCGUCUACUUCCAGGUUCUUGUUUUGCGAACCAGGCAAUCCCUUCCUCUCCUUCUCGAGACUACCAGAAAACGGGUUCUGACCGGGCCAAGCUUGUCAGCACAACAACAAAGGCUGCCGGGUCAUUAUGUAUUCAAUUUUCUCUCAGUCUCCUUUCCCCCUCUCGGUUUUCCUAAAGCUCGUAAGCACAUUGGCUUCACCUAGCCCAUUUUUGCCACCUCAUUACGCCCAGGGCUGCAUAUUCUACAGCCUUUUUACCCACGUAAUGCCCCUCGCAGUCCCAAACAGAGGACGGAUUGCGAGGGGGGUUGUGGACAGCAAGAAGCGUUCUUCCGGGCUGCGGGAGGACCAGGCGCGGCAGGAGAGCUCUCUUCCAAGACGAUGCAUCCCUCAUGGGUUGGUGUGGAGUUGGCCCGGCCCCAGCAGUCGUAUCAAUGGCAACGACACGCGCCAACACAUCAAGCAUCAAGAUGGGUCACACUUUGAGCCGCAUCUCUCAGUCGACUUGCAUCUGAUGAACCCUUCUUUCGUCUCCGUCUUGCUUGCCGUCAUUCCCUGUUGCAUCCGUCUGUAUCUGGACAUUCGCCAUCACUUGCCCCGCAUCCACGCUCCCCAUCACUGCAAUAAAGCACACAUGUCUCGCUGGUGCUGGCCCAGGAACCUCCCUUCCCUGCGUCCGAGCCUUGGAUACGUAGCACAUCAUCAGCCUUGACUUCUACAACCGCCUCACUCGCACCUCCAUCCCGUCCGUGGGACAAGCACUUUCGCCCCGGGCGUUGCCCCUUACUUUUUUGCCUUGUGUGCUUUCUAUACCCCAUUGCCCACUUGGUUGGGCUCGAUUGCAUCGCAUCGUACGGAGUCCCGGAUCUCGACCCGCGGCUUGUUCUGUUUCUGGCGUCCAACGGUUUUUCUAUUUUGUUUUGUUUGCCUCGGCCCGCCAGGCUUGCCCCUUUCAGAUCCGUUUCCCG